AUGUCGUUGAAACAUUUGAAACAUGCAGGCCGCACUUCUCGAGAGCUACUGCAAGCGCGUAUGUUGAUUCAACCGCUGAAAGUCUGCAGUAACAAUCCUUUCUACGAAUCAUUCGAUCAUGAUGUUCAUCUAUGCUUGGGGAAAGUUAAGAAAAAUUCAGAUGCUAAUAUUUGCUCAGGUGAUAGUGGAGGGCCCUUGAUGUGCACUAUGGACCGAGUCACGUGGUACCUCACUGGCAUUUCUAGCUUUGUCAUUGGACUGCCCGUCGAACCGAAACUCGACGUUAGAGAAGUUGUGAAGAAACAGUGCGUCAUUGGAGUUGCCGCCAAAGUUCGCUCCUAUUUGGAAUUUUUGCAGAAUCUCAUAAAAAGCUGA